AUGCAGCCACCAUGCAGGGCUCUUCCGCCACACACGGCUCUUGCACGAAGGUGGACUCAUCGUAAAUCCGGCGAAAAUGAGGCACGUGAUGUUUUACCCAUAUGUAGGGAUGUAUUGGACAACCUAAUAGAUGGCCAGUUUGUGUGGCAGCCUUAUUCAGAGGCCAUCAUCAAUAGACUCCCUGAGUGGUGUCGGCGUGGCCGAGAUAUUUGGAUGGCGAAGGUUCCCCUUAUUUGUGGGAUCUAUCGAGAGUGGCACAUGGUAGACCGCGUUCUCAGACAGUUUGGUAGGAAGCAACAUAUUCCGGGUCCAUGUGCUGAGAUUGAUCCUUUUCAUUACAAACGUGACAAGCGGUAUGCUAUAAAAUUGGAGGAUCAACAAUAUUUUACAGAAACAGACUUUUUGUGGGGAAAUCGUCGAGAAAGGUUAAUUCUGGCCGAGUAUGAAACUCAAGACCCAGAGUCACUAUCAGAGUAUUUUUGUUGGUAUCGACGUCACUCGCGCACUUUCAUAGGAAAUCCUGCGCAUAAAGUGGAUAGAGGAUACCAACACAUGGCAGGCAGGCAUGAGGCACUGGCUUUAGGACAUCAAGAAUCGUACAGGUUGGCUCAGCAGACUAUCCAAGAUCCAACCAAGUCUGAUAAAGUGAAGGAAAUUGCAGAGAUGUUUAGCCACAUUAAUACAGAGUCCAUGGCUGCUGCCUCUCUGGGAUGA